UAAGAAAGACAAGAAGCCGCUGGACUUGCUUUCUUUCUUAUCAAUACGUCAUGUGAAGCGUCAAAGACUCUGGGUGGGGGGAGUAAUAGCUUACAUACCGUAUUUCCUGCCAGUUGAUGUCAGAUAAGGUGCCCUUGGUAUUGAGAUAUGGUAUGUGUAUGUUACGGAGUCCACCGGGCGAUCGCCCGUGUCACGUGUGCCGAUCGCGCCCUUAUCUGUGCUGCCUGAGGCAGGCGCUCGACUUUAUCCAACCAAGUCCGGAGAACCUAUACGGUUCCAGUCAUCUACUACUCACUCCACUCGAUCCUCAUCUACCUCGAUAUAUACCCGCGUCAUGCCCCUACGGGUCACAUCUGCUCCCGUCUCCGGGGUGCAGAAGAGGCGACGGAAACCCGCAGACUCAAAACCCCGCGCCUCGCCCUUCGCCGGCCACGCACGUCGCAAGGCCACCACCACCAGGGCACCCGAUGCAGCAGACGAAGACACAGACCCCCUCCCAGACGUCGGGUUGUCGCGAUACAUCCCCGAGACCGCACCGGUGGAGAACGUCGUGCAAGCCUUGAGUUACAUCCGCGACAGUAUCUUCGACGAGAUUCCCCAGCGGGCGGGAAUGAACAGCACCCGGAUCGCGGAGGUGCUGAACUUUCGCCGCUCGCUGCCCCCUUUGGUUUCGGUGGCUCACGUCCAUACCUUGCUGGAUGCGCCGACAAGGGUGGAAAAGGAGGUCAUGGAGUUGGUGUCUACCGGCCGGGUGCGUCGGCUGGUGGUGCCCGGGCGUGGCAACGAUGCCGCCGGGCUGGGCGACUGUCUUGUUCUGGUGGAGGAUUGGGAACGGCUUGUACGGGAUAGUAACGCCUUAGAUCCGUCGCUGAAAGACAAAUUCCUCUCCGUCCUCACCCGAAUAGGAAACACCUCGGCCGUACCCGGCAUACUGUUCUCCCCCCCAGAAUACACAUCCCUCGUGCGCGCCGGAUUCCUCGUCUCCUCAUCCUCCCUCGCCAAAGGCUCCUCCAACAUGGCCUCCCUCCCCAGUCUCCCCUCCUCCAUCACCACAACAGCCGGCAACACCGCCAGCCGAUCCAGCAGUGGAAGCGAUAGCCCACGCCCCAAUACCACCCCCACCAACCGCUCCCAAUCCCACUUCCACACCGCAACCCUCUUCCUCUCCCUCCCCAACACAGGCCCCUACCUCCGCCUCCUAGGCGCAGGCCGAACCCACCUCGUCACCAUCUUGAAGAAGUCCAGCUCGCGUGAGGUGCCACUCUCUCUGCUACGAGACCGCUGGAACGGGGCCGUCGAGACGGAGUCGGGCUCCAGCGUGGCUAAGCGGAUGAGGGGCGAGUUCACGGGGGUUUUGCCCGGCAGGACGAAGAAGUGGAAGGAUCUGUAUGGGAUGACGUUCCGGUGGGUGUUGGAGGAGGCGAUUGGGGCGGGGCUCGUUGAGCUGUUUGAUACGGGGAGUGUGGGGCCGGGGGUGCGCUGUCUUUGAUUGUGUUUGUGAUGCUGGGUUAUGAUUCUCAUUAUUAUUGGGUGUAUUAUAG